AUGAAGGCUUCGCAUAUCAAGGAGCAGCUGGCCAAGGUCUCAGAGGAUUGGUGCCACCGGACGCUGGCCGCCGCCGUCGGCGCGGACUGUGUCACGUACAAGCUUCUCAGAGACAUGGCAGCCGAUGCGCAGAGCAUUUUCGUUGCCAAGGCGCGGGAGGCCGCCUGUACGGACAGCUGCACCACGGCGGCCUUUCUCCGCCAAGCGGAGCCGGAAGUCAGAGAGAUGUGGCGAGCCAAGCUUGCCGAACUGCAGUUCGAUUCAGGCAAUGGCUCGUGGAAGAAUUGGCUCGAUUCCUGGGAGCUGCCCAGUGAAGUUCGCUCCAAGGAGAACACAGAGCGCUGGAAGCGCUCAGUGCAGAAGCUCCGAGGGCUGGGAGCGCUGAUGAAAGGGAAGGCCUCUCCGACCGGCAGCCUCCGGGUGUCCAGCAGCCUGCGCCCCUCCGGCAGCCUCAAGCCGCCGACCAGCACUUCGUCGCGUCGGAGCAGCCUUGCAAGUGUCGUUGCCUCCUUGAAGCCUGCCAGCGAUGCGGAGGCCUUCAGCGGCUUGGUUUCCAGUGCCUCACCUGGAGCUUGGGCCACCUACAGCCAAGGAGCGCGGAAGCUGUCGAUUGGGAGCAGUGUGCCCAGUGCCAGUGAGAAGCCUUUGCCCGCGCCGCGGCUGCCGAACCUUCUCUCAGGUGGCGAUGGGAGCCCCGAGCGUGCGAAGAAGAGCCCCCCGCCGCCAGCCGAAGGUGGCGAUGGGAGUCCCGAGCGCAUGAAGAAAUCCCCACCGCCGCCGAGUGAAGGCCAGGGGCCUCCAGUGCAACUCUGGGCCGCACCAGCGGUGGUGGGAAGCGCGGCGGCAGCUACUGCGAAGGAAUCGCGGCCGAAGACGCCUGAGAAGGAGCUGCCCGAGAUCCAGGACUUGUGGCACAAGCGGCCGAUGGCCUUUGCCGAAGUGGAGAAGUUGGAGAAGGCUGCUCCCGUGGUGGAGGCGGAACUCUGCCAGCCCCCAAAGGUGCGAGAUGCAGCGGCCGUGUACCGAGAGUUGGUGGACCACUUGUUGGAGGACUUCGCAUCCCACCGCUGGGGACACGACCCAGACAAGCAGCUCGAACGCCAGCUAGCGGAGCGACGGACGCAGUGGCAGACCACCACCCUGGGCACCGUAAGCACCGAGGAGCAGCCCAAACUCCUUCGCUGCGCAGCGCAGGCCCAGGCUCUGCUCAUGAAGGAGGGCCCACGAAGCGACGCGCCUGCCCUGCAGCGGGCCCUGGUGGCGCUCUGGACCCAGCCAGAGCUGCCGCUGGAAGUUGAGUGGACCGACCAUGCGCCCCUGGGCCAGGCCGGUGAGCAGCUCCUGGCGGAGUUAGAGCGGACUAUCCAGCAAGAAGAAGGCCAGGAGCGUGGCAGAAUGCUGCGAGCUUUGGAGACGGUUUGCGAGACAUGGCAGCACCGCAUUGCGGCGGAGCACCCGAACGACGCGCUCAUCACACCCAUCUUCCUGAAAGACAUGACCUUCACAGCGAAGCAGCUCUUCCUUCAGGACGAGAGGAUGGCGCGCGAGGAGCUCAAAGUUUCGAUACGAUCGGCUUGGCAGGGCCUGGUGCUGGAGCAGAUGCUCGCGGAGACAAGUGGCGAAGAAUGCGCGAUGCCGGAGAUUCCUGAAGAUGCUGAUCUGGGGCUUGCUGCCGAAGAUUGGCUAAUAGAGGACCUGGAGCCAGCGCCAUCCGAGAUGGAUCCUUCGGACGCCCCGGAGCUGUCAGGAACGGAGGAGGAGCACCCGUAUCAAGACUUGGACUCAAGGCUCAAGGCGGCGGCCCUGGCCUACGGCUCCCUGGUGCACGACAUUCUGGAGGUCUUUGCAGACCCAGCCUCUCAAAGCACAGCCGACGGCGAGCCAGAAGACCUCACAGUGAAGCUGGACAACGUGUUUUAUGACUGGCAGCAACGGCAAGCAGAAGGAGACGAAGCCUGCGGUGGGGAGUUGCUCAGCGACGUGGCUUCCGCCACGCGUGCUUUGGUGAAUCGGCAUGCGCUGCGGGCCGCAGCUGGGGAGAAGCCCCACAGGUCUCUGAAGGAGCUCUUUGAGCAGGUGUGGGACAAGAAGAUGCAGGAGCAGAGCAUUGAUUGGCGGCCUUGGACAAACUGCGAGAUCCUCUAUCGUCGAGGAGAGGCGCUCCUGAGCCAGUGCUCCGAGCUUGUGAAGUGCGCCCGGAAGCAGCACAUGAAGUCCUCCCACCUGAAGGAUCAACUGGCGAAGAUUUCCGACCACUGGUGCCAUCGGACGCUGGCGGCUGCUGUCGGUGCGGAUUGCAUCUCUUACAAAUUGCUGCGGGACAUGGCGCAUGAGGCUCAGCGCAUCUUCGUUGCCAAGGCCAAGGAGUCGGCGAAUGCCGACAGCUUCACGGCGGCCACGUUCUUAAGACAAGCGCUUCCGGAGACGAGACAGGCGUGGCGGUCAAAGCUGGUUCAGAUCCAGGGCGACACAAACGACGACUCCUGGAAGCAGUGGCUGGACUCCUGGGAAACUCCCAGCGAAGUGAAGUCAAAGGAGAACGUCGCUCGCUGGAAGCGCUCCGUGAACAAGGUGAAGGGCCUCGCCGCGCUCAUGAAGGGCAAGGGUCUCAUGAGCAGCGGCAGCCUCAAGCCUUCUGGGAGUCUGAAGCCAUCCGGAAGCCUCAAGCCAUCGGGGAGUUUGAAGCCAUCUGGCAGCCUGAAGCCAUCGGGCAGCCUGAAGCCGUCGGGCAGCCUGAAGCCGUCGGGCAGCCUCAAGCGGUCGGGCAGCCUGAAGCCGGAGAUCAUCACCCCGGCGCUCAGCAGCCCCUCUCGCAGAAGCAGCUUCGCCAGUGUGGUUCAGGCGAUCCGGCCCCAGGGUGCGGCCCCAGAUGGGGAAGAGGCUUACAACUUCCUUGCGAGCGAAGAUCCCUCCACCUGGGUGCCACGCCCGUCAGGCAGCAAGAAGCUCGAGCGGAAGUCCUCGCACCAGGUGCCAGGCGAUGCGAAGCCAGAGCUUCGAGACUCCAAGCUGCUAUCAGGCGAUGUUUCGAUACCCAUCUUCUUGCGGUCCGAAGCCACACCCGACGAAGGAACGGCCUCGAUUCCUGCCCGAUCGGCCUCCUCCAGCUCCUUCGUUACGGGCUCCAACCCCCUCUCCAAAGCCAACCUCGCUGUUCCGGACGUUACCAGGAGCAAGCGCAGGCACUCCACAGGUGGCUCCGUGGCGUCAAGUGGUGCCCUCGUGGCCGUUGUCUCUCCUUUUGGUUGA